GGUCGGCGGUAGAUAGAUAGAGAGGAGUGGAUCGGUGAGAGGGCGAUCGAUCCAGGUGCGCGACGCGGGGAUCAUCUGCCAGGGAAUCCCAGUCGAUGCGCGCGAGGGGAUGCGAAGCGCGCGAUGCGUGUGACUCGGGGACGACGAAGGUGCCGCUGGCCUAACCCGGAUCGGGCCUAACCCCGGAAGACCGGAGCAGACAGAUCUCCGGGGGGAGAGGAAAUGGAGCAGCUGCUGGGAGCCCAGCAGCACCAUUCUUCCCUGUCCCCGAGGACCCCGACCCGCCCGCAUCUCCAGCACGCCCUCUCCAACAGGUUCCGGGAUCACCACCACUCGCACUCGCACUCGCAGCCCCACGCCGGCCUCAAGAUCCUCCGCAUCACCCCGCCCUUCUUCCUCCUCCUCCUCGCCGCCGUCUACCUCCUCGCCUCCGUCACCAUCCUCUCCGCGCCCGCGCCCUCGCUCCGCGCCUCCAAGAAGCCCGACAGGCUCGUCCUCCCGGUGGCCGCGCCGGUCCCCCCCUCGCGGCCGCCUUCCCCGGAGCUGCUCGACCUCGACAACGGCAGGAUUCGGGCCAGGAUCAGCAAUGUCGGCGCCGCCGUCACGUCGCUGCUUGUCCCGGACAAGAACGGGGCUCUUGCUGAUGUGGUGCUUGGAUUCGACUCCCUGGAUCCGUAUCUGAAUGGAACCUCGCCUUACUUUGGCUGCAUUGUUGGGCGAGUUGCAAAUAGAAUCAAGGAUGGAAAGUUUACUUUAAAUGGUGUGCAGUAUAGUUUGGGCAUCAACAACCCACCUAACACUCUUCAUGGUGGAUUUAAAGGGUUUGAUAAAGUCAUAUGGGAAGUCAUUGAAUAUAACAAAGGGAAGACCCCAUCGAUCACCUUAAAAUACCAUAGUAAAGAUGGAGAGGAAGGUUACCCAGGUGAUGUUUCUGUUACCGCCAGAUAUUCUCUGCCAUCAAGCAUGGAGUUGAAGCUAGAGAUGGAGGCUGCACCUUUGAACAAGGCCACACCUAUCAGCUUAGCACAACACACCUACUGGAACCUGGCAGGCCACGACUCUGGGGAUGUGCUUGCACAUUCUAUCCAGAUACGGGGAUCUCAGAUAACUCCAGUAGAUCAAAUUUCAAUACCCACAGGCGAGUUUAUGCAAGUGAGCGGCACACCAUUUGAUUUUCUGACCGAGGCUGAGAUUGGCGAAAGGAUUGGCCAAGUCCCUGGUGGUUAUGAUCACAACUAUGUGCUCGAUUCUUCUCGCGAAGCAAAGUCAAGCUUGCGGCAUGUGGCUAAGGUGACAGAUCCGUCAAGCUUUAGGGUCCUAAACAUUUGGUCGGAUGCUCCUGGAGUGCAGUUCUACACUGGUAAUUUCCUUGGUGGCAUUGUGGGGAAAGGAGGUGCAGUCUAUGGGAAGCACGCAGGUCUCUGCCUUGAGACGCAAGGUUUCCCAAAUGCGGUCAACCAACCUAAUUUUCCAUCAGUGAUCGUUCAUCCCGGUGAGAAGUACACCCAUACAAUGCUGUUUGAGUUCUCCACCAAGUGAACUAGCUCUUGUAGAUACACCUUUUUUUUUCAUGUCCUUUCUUUUUCUUGUCUUAUGUUAUGAAUUUCUGACAGUGUUAGAUAAUAGAAGUAAUUAGGAAUGAAAGACACCAAUUUUUCA